AUGAAGGAGAUCAUGAAAUGCUUGGGUGCUGUCGGUGAUACUCGCCUUCCAGGAUGGGGACCGCGUGAUCCUCACUGUGCCUGGUUGGAGACACUACAAAAUAUGGCUGCCAACCGAUGUCAGUGGCGUUCUUGUUGUCAGUUUCUAUCCAGAUUGCCUGAACAACUGUUCGGUUUCGCACACCUGAUAAAGACAGCAAGCCGACUGGACUUCGGAAUGUCUCUCAAAGUCACCAAAAGGUAG